CGCCGCGAUUGUACUGUUUGUAGAGAGGGGGUCGUCGGCCAGCUUCGGCGUUGUGUGAUCGUCGUUGUCGGAAAACGAAGACCCGAACCGCCCGAGCUGUCAAAGCUUCGGUGUUCCUGCAUUCGGAAACCAUCGGUGUGUAGACUUUUAUCUCACCACAGCCUCCAACGCAGGUGCCGCACAGCCACCGAGCAGCGUGUCCGGCGUGGCCCGGUGAUCAACCUCCGCGCAGUCCCCGUGCCGGCCGCGGACGAUGGCCAGUCCGCGCGUUGACGUCGCCUGGUGCCCCGCCCACCCCGACAGGUUCCUGCUGGUGGGCGGGGACCUGCGGCUGUACGAGGUGGCCGCUGGAGAUGCCCCGACGCGGGAGGCUGGUCGAGACGUACUUCCCGGCGCGGCGCUGCUCUCCACGUGCGCCGACUUCCAGUUCCUCAGGUGCUUCUCCUGCUACCUCAACCCCAACUCCCAGCUGCUGCUCGCCGUGGGGCAGGAUGACGGGAAAGUCAGCCUUGCCGGCUUUGGAAGGUCCUUCAACGACACGGACUGGGUCGGCAAGGAGUUUGCACCCAAGCAACCACGGCGCUGCAACGUGGUGGCCUGGAACCCCGUCGAGUUCAGCCUGCUGGCCGCGGGCCUGGACAAGCACAAGGGGGACCACUGCAUCCUGGUCUGGGACCUGAACCACCUGCCAGGACAGACAGAGCUCGGCUUCUCGGAGUCGACGCAGUCCUUCAGCUGGUUUUUCCACCAGCCCCGGAGCUUCGUGUGUGGCAUGAACAAUAAGCACCUAAAGAUCUUCGACACGAGAGACUCGUCACGCAGCAGCGGCACCACGACCAAGGCGAGCGGUGGUGUGUGCGUGGACCCCUUCUCGGAGCACCGCAUCGCCUCCUUCCAUGCGAACCAGCUGGUCCUCUGGGACGUGAGGAAUUUCGAGAAGCCCGUGACCACCCAGACGGAGAACGGACAAAUCGUGAAGAUUGCCUGGUCCCCCACGAGGUCACACCUGAUGGGGGUGCUGACGCGGGACAGCGGCGUGGUGAAGCUGUACGACGUGCAGCAGUCGCCGGCAGAGGACCUGGAGCCCACUCUGGUGGAGCGCAGCGUGCAGCCUUACCCGGGGGCGGUGCUGAGCUCCUUCUGCUGGCACCCGCAGCACGAGAACCGCAUGCUGGCGGUGACCCCCGACAGCGCGGCCCGGGACUACACCGUCUUGGACAGGAUCACCCUGAACUGGUCCCCCUCGUGCGAGCUGAUCUGGAUGCGAGGCAAGAAGCUGGCCCACUGCUGGGGCGACCGGGACCGGGGUUACGACUGCCUGGACGACACGGCCGUGCGCAUCCGCAGGAGGGCCCUGCUCAACUACGGCCUCGAGCCGGAAGACCUGUGGCGCAACGCGGAGCUGUGCGACGGCGACGGCCACCUGCGGGGCAUCUGGUCCUGGCUUGAGCUGGUGCGCUCCUUGGAGGAGUCCGGCAUGCGGGGCAGGCGCGGGGAGUGUGCCGGGGUAAGGGCCCUGCUGGGACCAGACCCCUCGAGCCUGGAGGGCCCCUCCCGGGGCCCCCUGGGCCCCACCUACCACAGCAGGGAGCGGGAGCGUGUGCUGUGGCUGUGCGGCUGGAAGGCAAAGCACGACGGCCUGCCUGGGAACAUCUUCCACAGGAGGCUGGAGAAGGAGGCCAACUACGCGCGCAAGGCAGCCAUCCACAUGUUCAACCUGCGGCUGAAGGAGGCCGUGGCCGUGCUCAGGGACGCCGCCACGACGGGCAAAGGCAGCAGCGUGGGGCUGGUGGCCCUGGCCCUGUCGGGCUACUCCAAAGAGACCCGGGAAGCCUGGCGGGAGGUGUGGCACUCGCUGCGCCUGUCCCUGAGCGAGCCCUACCUGCAGGCCCUGUUUGCUUUCCUCACGGCCCAGGACGACUCCUACCGCCAGCUGCUGUACGAGUGCGACAUGGCCGUGGAGGACCGGGUGGCCUUCGCCUGCCUGCACCUGCCAGACUCCAAGCUGACGCAGUACAUCGGGGACUUGACCAACAGCCUGGUGGCAGAAGGCAACCUUGACGCAGUGCUGCUCACGGGCCUUGGGGAGGACGGAGUGGAGCUGGUGCAGCGCUACCUGGACCGCACGGGGGACGUGCAGACGGCCAGCCUGGUGGCCCUGCAGAGCCACCCCAGUGUCCUGAGCGUCUCCCCCCGGGCACAGCUCUGGGUGGACCACUACCGCCACCUGCUGGACCAGUGGCGCCUCUGGCAGCAGCGGUGCCAGUUCGACUGCCAGUGGGUGCGGCAGCACGCGUCGAGCGUGCCUCCCCCGCAGGUUGUGGUGAGCUGCAACUUCUGUGGCCUGGCAGCCACCCCGUACCUGCCCCUUGGGGCGCAGGGCAGGGCCCCCCCGCGGCCCCAUCUGGGCGCACCCACCCUCAACAAGACCAAGGUGUCGUGCUGCCCGAGCUGCCGCAAGCCCCUGCCCCGGUGCGCCCUGUGCCUGACCAACAUGGGGACCCCAGCGGGGAGCCUGUGGAAGAAGGGGGACGGGGACUGGCCCCCUCGAGACCCCGAGGGGCGACCGGACCCCGCCGAGGAGGAGAAGCUCUCCGGACUGUCCACCUGGUUCACCUGGUGCCAGAGCUGCCGCCACGGGGGACACGCCGUGCACCUGGCAGACUGGUUCGGGGACCACACAGAGUGUCCCGUGACCGGCUGCAGCUGCAAGUGCGGGGCCAUGGACCGCAUCGACUGAGCCGGGGGGGCCUAGCAGCUGGCCAUGGUCGGGUAGUACUCCUUGCGCUCGUUCAUCAGCUCCACCAGCCGGUUGUAGGUCUCCAUGUCUGCGGGCGGGGGGAGACGUACGGCCGGCCAAUAAACGUCUUUCCAGCA